AUGAGCCGCGAUCCAGUCAGCUUGGCUGCGGAAGGCUCGCGCCAAGGAGCCCAAGAAGAACGCCGCGUUACUGCGCACUUCGACGUCGUCGUCCUUGGUGGCUUUCACGCCAAGCGGGAGCAACUGCUCGGUGAACGGACCGACGGCUACUCCGAGCCUGUUGAUCACCUGUUUCGGUCCGUAGACGAGAAACAGGGGUCGUACUACUUCGAAACAGCCGGCAAGAAUUGGUGGAAGGCUCGGGCAAAAUCAGGCCCAAGCACAGUCGCAAAGGUGGCUGUCGAGAAGUCGGUUGCAACCGAUGCAGUCUCGGAGCUGUUCGGGUACACCAAAGCCAUUGCCAAAAAGGUCACCGCGAAUCCUGUGACCCUCGAUGAUGCUUUCAAGUUACCCCAGGGGCAGGUGCGGGCCAUCUUGUGGAAGGACAUGAAGAAAGCCACCCACCCCCAUUGCCUCUGA